ACCUUAGGAUGUGUUCGGCGAUGACUCUGAGGUAUCCAAGGAAUCUUCAGGUGUCAAGAAGCGGCGCAUACCGCGGUUCGAGGAGGUUGAGGAUGAGCCUGAGGUUAUUCCAGGCCCGCCAUCGGAGAGCCCUGGGAUGCUCACUAAGCUACAGAUCAAACAGAUGAUGGAGGCAGCCACCCGGCAGAUUGAAGAGAGGAAAAAGCAGCUGAGUUUCAUCAGUCCUCCAACACCACAGCCAAAAAUUUCUUCUUCAUCCCAAUCGGAACGUCUCCCCAUCGGCAACACGAUCCAGCCUUCCCAGGCAGCCACCUUCAUGAACGAUGCCAUUGAGAAGGCCAGGAAAGCUGCAGAGCUGCAGGCCCGAAUCCAGGCACAACUGGCCUUGAAACCAGGGCUCAUCGGCAACGCCAACAUGGUGGGGCUGGCCAACCUGCACGCCAUGGGGAUCGCGCCGCCGAAAGUGGAGCUGAAGGAUCAGACAAAGCCAACGCCACUGAUCUUGGAUGAGCAAGGCCGAACUGUUGAUGCGACUGGUAAAGAGAUUGAGUUGACUCACCGCAUGCCAACCCUAAAAGCAAACAUCAGAGCUGUGAAGAGAGAGCAGUUCAAACAACAGCUUAAAGAAAAGCCCUCGGAAGAUAUGGAGUCGAACACUUACUUUGACCCCCGGGUCUCCAUAACCCCAGCCCAGCGUCAGAAACGCACCUUUAAGUUCCAUGAAAAAGGCAAAUUUGAGAAAAUUGCCCAGAGGUUGCGAACGAAGGCUCAACUAGAAAAGCUGCAGGCAGAGAUCUCACAGGCUGCCAGGAAGACAGGGAUACACACUUCCACCAAGUUGGCUCUCAUUACCCCAAAGAAGGAGCUGAAAGAGGGAGAGAUCCCAGAGAUUGAGUGGUGGGACUCCUACAUCAUCCCCAAUGGCCUUGACUUAAAAGGUGGAACUUCUUCCAAGAGAGAUGAGUAUUUUGGGAUCACAAACCUCGUGGAGCACCCGGCACAGCUCAACCCACCAGUGGACAGUGACACACCAGUGACCCUGGGUGUUUAUUUAACUAAGAAAGAGCAGAAGAAAUUACGACGACAGACUCGAAGAGAAGCCCAGAAGGAGCUACAAGAGAAAGUCAGGCUGGGCCUGAUGCCGCCGCCAGAGCCCAAAGUAAGAAUUUCAAAUUUGAUGCGAGUACUGGGGACAGAAGCUGUUCAAGACCCAACAAAAGUCGAAGCUCACGUUCGAGCGCAGAUGGCGAAGAGACAGAAAGCUCAUGAAGAAGCAAACGCUGCGAGAAAACUCACAGCAGAACAGCGAAAAGCCAAGAAGGUUAAAAAGCUGAAAGAAGACGUUUCCCAGGGAGUUCACAUAGCUGUGUACAGGGUCAGAAACUUGAGCAAUCCAGCAAAAAAAUUCAAAAUCGAGGCGAACGCUGGCCAGCUGUACUUAACAGGCGUGGUGGUUUUACACAAAGAUGUCAACGUGGUCGUGGUAGAAGGAGGCCCGAAAGCACAGAAGAAAUUCAAACGUCUUAUGCUUCAUCGAAUAAAAUGGGACGAGCAGACAUCGAACACAAAGGGAGAGGAUGAUGAUGAGUCCGACGAGGAGUCCGUUAAGAAAACAAACAAGUGCUCUCUAGUUUGGGAGGGCACAGCGAAGGAUCGCAGCUUCGGGGAGAUGAAAUUUAAGCAGUGCCCCACGGAGAACAUGGCACGGGAGCACUUUAAGAAGCACGGCGCGGAGCACUACUGGGACCUGGCCCUCAGCGAGUCCGUGCUGGAGUCCACAGACUGAGGUGAGGGGGCUGCCAUCGCCCCCUUCCUCA